AUGUGGUUGUUAAUUGCCUUCCUGCUUGGGGUUUUCACUGUUGGCAAUGGAAUCGUGUGGUACGAGCCACAGCAGACUCAUAUUGCCGUGGGAGGAACAUCGGAUCAGAUUAUUGUUGUUUGGAACACCAUCAAUGAUACUGGUGAUACUCGAGUGAUCUAUGGUGCUGGAUCCAAGUUCAACCAGCUGGCUGUGGGUAAUAGGUCUCUGUUUGUGGACAGUGGGCCGGAGCGCAGGUCCCAGUGGGUGCACAAGGUCAUACUGAAAGGGCUGUUGCCUGAAACUGAUUACUCAUACAUGGUUGGCAGCAAAGACUAUGGUUAUUCAAACAUAUUUUCUUUCCGGACGUGGCCAUCGGGCGAUAAUUGGAGUCCCAGGCUGGCCAUUUUUGGUGACCUGGGUAAUGAAAAUCCGCAGUCACUUGCCAGACUCGAGAUGGACGCAGCAGCUGGCAUGUAUGAUGCCAUCCUUCAUGUCGGUGACUUUGCCUAUGAUAUGGAAGUGGACAAUGCUAGAGUUGGGGACGAAUUCAUGAGGCAGAUAGAACCACUUGCUUCCAGACUGCCAUACAUGACUUGUCCUGGAAAUCAUGAAAAUGCUUACAACUUCUCCAACUACAGAAAUCGUUUCUGGAUGCCUGGGGAUGAAAACAAGCAGAUGUACUACAGCUUCACCAUGGGACCUAUCCGUUUCAUUUCACUGUCUACGGAACUGAUCUUUUUCCUUCAGUAUGGUCUGGUGCCAAUUGUGGAGCAGUACAAAUGGCUGGAGAGAGAACUGAGUGAAGCUAAUAAACCUGAAAAUCGAGCUAAACAGCCUUGGGUCAUCACUUUUGGACACCGACCAAUGUACUGUUCCAAUGACGACAAUGAUGACUGUACACACCACGAAAGUCUGAUAAGAGUUGGCAUCCCCUUCCUCCAUUUGCUUGGCUGGGAGGAACUGUUUUAUAAGUACGGAGUGGAUAUUGCAUUUUGGGCACAUGAGCAUUCAUACGAGAGACUUUGGCCUGUUUUUAAUAGAGAGGUUCUAAAUGGUAGUUACGAUGAACCAUACACAAAUCCAAAAGCUCCUGUUCACAUUAUUACAGGAUCAGCUGGGUGCAAGGAGAAACAUGACAAUUUUGACCAUAAAGUAGAUGACUGGUCAGCAUUUCGCAGUGAUGACUAUGGAUACACACGUAUGAGAGUCUUCAAUGGCACACAUUUGUAUAUGGAGCAAGUGUCUGAUGACCAGGGAGGGGCAGUCAUAGACAGGCUGAUGGUAAUCAAGAACAAACAUGGCUCUUACCCAGAAUACACUAAACCUUUCAAGGCUGCCGGUGAUCAUCUGAAGAAAAUCUGGAAAACAUGGGGAAAUAUUUGGAGCGAGAUAAAGCACCACCUGCCAUAA